UGGACAACGGACAACGAAACGCACAGGUAAUUGCCACAUAGGCCCUUUUGGCAAAUAUACAGUCUACUUCCAUACUGCCAUGCAACUCGCAGCCGACUUGGGUGUCGCUUGAAAAAACAUGUCAUUCUUGAAGUGUGCCGUUUGAAUGACCUCUACUGCACAUCCAACUCUUCGAGUUGGCUGCAUACACCAGUCGAGGACAUGCCCCGCAGAUGAUACCUGAUCGAUCGCGUCUUUGGACGCCUUUGUCGCCUUUAAGAUGGCUUCGUCAGCCUCAUCAGGGUCAUCCACCCAAGAGUCUUCUUGGCCUCCAUGCUCACGAGGGUGUCCCCAUCAGAGGUUUGCCAUCUCUUCAGGAUCAAAGAUAAUGGUGGUAUGGAUGGGGGUGAUGGACAUGACUCGGCGAUACGAAUAUCUUUUGGAGCCAGGGUUCGGAAAAGAUUAUUCCAUUGACAAGGCAAUUGUGAGGGGACAUACGCGGGUGCUUUGCCACUGUUUUGGAGGACUACUCGGUGCAGUGCAAGCAUUGACCUUUGCAUUUUCUGGAACGUACGUUGGAUACGCUGCGGUGCCCAUUCACGCGCCUACAGCGGGUACUCAUUCCACGAACAAUGUGUAUGUCUAUGGAUUGGGUUAACAACUCAGAUGUAAUGUCCUGUCUGUUCGUACUUUGAAUGACUGUCGGGUGCAACCUCAGCAAGCUUCACGACCUUCAUGGGUGCAACGACAGUUCCCAUUCUUACAGCUAGCGUACAGGGAGUAUUGCCAAGGUAAAGUAGAUGCACCGGAGGUACCCAACUCGUGCAGUGGGAUCAAUACCCUAAACUAGGACAUUGAGCGUCAACCCAGCGCAAAUGCAUAUGACUUCAGUGGAAGCUCUGGUAGCUCUGUCAGUAUCAUACAAAUACAGUGACGGCCGUUUUGGGAAUCAAUGGGAAUAUCAUGCAAUAGGGGCGCCGACCUUGGCUGCACUGUCUCG